GGUUAAUAGUAGGUAGCUUUGCAACGAUUCAAACCUCUUACAUACAUCCAUCUCCCUAUGGUUUUACCCUGUAGCAAGCCCCUGAGUGCGGGGAAUCCUGGAUUGGGACUGGGCCUACCGUCGACUAGAACAAGCUGACUUGGCUUGGCUUGGCUUGGACCUGAAGCUACAUGGUUGGCUACCAGGAAUGAUGGAGCACUAAGCAAAUCUCAUCUCGCUUUUCUAUCUAUUUUUACCUACAGUACCUACAUAACCAGUUCCUUGAUUCCUUCCUUGUACGACGCGAUCACAAGAGCCAGGUUUUCAAAUGGCACCAAGCAGCAGAUCUUUUACAUAUUGCGACGGGGCGCCGUCCUGGAAUCCCACAACCUACAUCGCCGACACGGCCUUGCACGAGCGCGCCGAAGCGCUUCUCGCCAAGGACAACCUGCAGAGUGCCAUCGCCGCAUCCUUCUCCCUGCCCCCGCCCCAUCGCGACCCCUACGUCUACCACGCCAUCGUCAGUGUCACCCUCCCCGAGGUCCAGCGCGUCAUUUCGCUCGGUGGCCAGAAUGGCCUGCACAGCUGGUAUUUCACAGCAGCAGCGGCAGCACCGCCGACAGCUCUGCCACCCCCACCGCGCGCCGACAUCGACGCCUACCUCUCCAUCUUCGACCCGCGCACCUCGACCCCCGCCGCCGCCCUCAAGACCUUCGCGUCGAACGCCAAGAAGGGCAGCUUGCGCGCCGAGAUAGCCGCGUACCUGCUGUCGAAGCGGUACAUACACCCGGCGCUGGCGCCGCAGCUCGCGGCGGGGAAGCGCGCGAACAGGAAGAAGAAGAAGAAGCCUGCCAGCAGCGACACCACCGCCAACGCCAACGCCAACAAUAAUAAUAGUAGUAGUAGUGGUGGUGGUGGUGGUGGUGGUGGUAACAGCCCGCAAAUCCCACCCAACCCCUCCCUCCCCUUCCACGCCUUCGCCAUCCGGGCCCUCGAAUUCGCCGGGCCCUGCCCCUCCUCCCUCCUCGGCGGCCACCGCGCGCACCACGUCCUCCCCAUCCUGAUGCACCACUUCGGGUGCGCGUGCCCCUCGCACGAGGCCCUCUCGAUCCUGCGCGUGCUGUCCGCGGGCCGCGGGGUCGUGGACAUGGGGUCCGGGGGCGGGUACUGGACGUUCAUGCUGCGGAGCUACGGGGUGGAGGUGGUGGCGGUGGACAGCAUGCAGAGCGCGUGGAGGGUGUGCUGGGUGGCGGACACUGUGGUGGGGGAUGGGGUGGGGUGGUUGAAGAGGCGGCGAUUAGCCAACAGCAACAGUAGUAGUAGUAGUAGUAAGGCGAAUGGGAGGAAGGGGGAGAUAGACCCCGACGAACCUGUCCUCCUCCUCGUCUACCCCAUCGUCGGCGGCGGCGUCGCGGGCGGUGCCGAGGGCGACUUCACGCGCGGCAUGAUGGACGCGUAUACCGGCGACACGCUCGCCGUCGUCGGCACCCAGAACCGCAACGGGUAUACUGGGUUUCGCGGCAUGAGCAUGGAUGAGUAUGUCGAGCGCGAGAGAGCAGCAGACGGCUGGGUUAAGGUUGUUCAGGUCGCGCUGCCGAGUUUCCCUGGGAAGGACGAGGCGUUGUUUGUUUUCCAGAGGGGGGCGAGGGCUCCGGUGAGAGAUGAGGGGGUGGGGGUGGAUGCUGGCGAAGUUAGUUAAGAGUAAGAAUGAGGACGAAAAUGAUGAUAAUGAUUAUGAAAAGGGGGAUAAGAAAGGUGUGGUAUAGAAGAAACCCAUUAUAUAUGACAAUAUCCAACACUCUCCAGACGAAGUUCUCGUAUUCCUCACUAAAGCAGGCAAAGCAUGAAGUGCCGCAGAUCCGAUGAUCAUAGGCACAGAAACUGCAUCCACCAAAAGCCUACUCAUCAAGUAGUCGAUCAGAAAUUCACGAAGACCUAAUCAAUCACAGCCAAUCAUGUCCCCAUAGCAUUAUCGAAACAUCUUCGGUUAUUUCCUAGUAUGGAGUAAAGGAGGUAGUGAAACCAGCAAAGGAAGAAGAAAGCCUCUCUUCCUUGCGGGCUCAGUACCGCCUCGACGAACUAGGUACACCACCUCAUCAUCAAAUCAUAUCCUUAUCAUCCUUCGUUCCCAAUCGUAAUAUUCGUUUCCCGUUCGCAGCCCAUAUCUGCGAUUUCCAUAUCCACUAACGCCUUGC